AUGUCGAGAAAAAUAACGUCAGCUGUUAGCAAAAAUCAGAUGGAAGCCAAAGCGACACAAAGUGAGGUGGUAGACGAGCCGAUUUCUGAAGAGGCUGAGGUGUCCGCGGUGUCGUUGACCAGGAUGAGUGGGUUGAGGGUAGGAAGCCUGCUCCGUACUUGGGCUGAAGUAUCGCUGAUCAACUACCUGUCUUCCCAGCCUCUGGACAUUAUAACCUCAGGUGACAGCAUUCGGCGGCGCACCAUCGGGAUACCGGCAAAGGAAUACUCGAUACAAUGCUUCGUGCCCACCGAGCUGCGCAACAAGAGCGACGAGGAUCUCUUUGCGGAGCAGUUCCCUGUCAACAUCACGCCUCUAAUGAACGAAGACCAACUGUGGGGCUGUUUCUAUAAUUUCCCCGAAAUAUACGCUGACGUGUACUCUCCUGUGGUGCGCAUACGCAACAUCGAAGACGUGCCAGAACUUGUGGGCGGAGUUCUGACCAGAGAUAUGGUCACUGCUUGCCUCUCUUACCUAAAACGAACACCUAUUUUAGGGGACUAUGUGUACAUUAAGCUGGAUCUUUCUUCAAAGCAUUUAAUCAACAUAGACAUACUCCAACACUACAAGUACUUGGUAUACCUGGACUUAUCCUCUAAUCUGCUUACCGAACUGAGCGUGCUCUCCCAUCUCCUCUACCUACAAUUUCUCUCCGUUGCCUUCAACAGACUCAACACAGUCUUGGAAUACGACACUCCUCAGUGGUUCUUAACUGAGGUGCAUUAUAAAUUUAACUCUGUGAAGAAAAUAAGAGAUCUAACAAUGUUUUGGUCUAUUACGAUACUAGAUUUAUCUCACAACAAUAUAAAAAAUAUCAGCGGACUUGAAAGCUUGAGAUAUCUACGUCGGUUGGAUUUGUCGUUCAACCAUAUUCAGCGUCUAGAAAAUCUGAAUGACCUUCGUUUGCUAUGGCUGGAUGUUUCCUACAACAACAUUUCCAGUUUCGAAAUUGGUUCAUCGACCGGCCUUUGGACGCUGUUACACCUUGAAUAUUUAAAUCUGAACGAGAAUAACUUGACUUCGAUGAAGAUAUUCUCGGGAUGCACCAGACUGCGAGAACUUCACGCGCGUAACAACCGGCUCAGCAUGCUGCUAGAGCUGGCGGUGUACAUGCGUCAGAUGCGGCGCCUCAUCGUCAUCGACCUGCGAGCCAACCCCAUCUGCGCCACGCCGGGCUACAAGGAUGUCGUCAUCAACACCUUCCCGAUACUGCUCAGCUUGGACGCUGAGGAACUUGACCCUGUUGUACAAAGAAGCUACAAAAUGGACAUGACACCCGACAUCAACACAUUUGCCACCCGCCGUCUGCUGAGGCUGCUCUAUAUCGAGCAGCUCUCUCGGGCUCACGUGUCGCCCCAUACGCCUCCCGCUGACACCACUGAGAUACCACUGGUGGUUCUGGUCGGAUGUGAAGCUGUCGGCAAAGGAACCCUAGCCCGGCGUCUGGUGGAAGAAUGUAGCGCACACAUUGAACUGGGCUACUUACACACUACAGCACCCUACCACUUCCCGAAUCGCUACAGGGAAGUAUCGAGGAGCAAGUUCGACGACAUGUUGUUAGCCGGAGAUUUUCUAACUUACAGUGAGAUGGACGGGGAGUCUUACGGGCUAAGCCGCGAAGAAGCUUUCAUCAACGAAGGCAAAGUAAAAGUUGUGUGCAUGGACCUAAUUGGAGCACUAAUGCUGAAGUCUCGCGGUCUCAGGCCGUAUUUAAUUCUCGUCACCCGCCUGGACAAACGAUUGCUUCUCAUAAAACAGAAGGAACUGAAAACGAUCCGGAAUAUAAACAACGAACAUAGAAUGUCUUUAGAACCGCCAUUGGAGAGGUCCACUCUACAAGUUCUGCUUUCUGGGCGUAUCAUUAUAACAGGAAUCCUUAACGAAAUUUUACUGUAUCUGCCAGAGGAAAAGGAGAAGAGUGAGUUUGUGAUAGAGUCGGAGUGCUCCCUCAUGAUGGACAGCGAAGCCCGCCAAGCUGCCAAGGCGUACGCCAGGGGAUUUAACAUGAUUACAUUACUAGCCUCUAGCACAACUUCAAUAGACGAUGCGUGUAAGGACGCUCGGGAAACGAGUCAAAUGGAACCCAGCCUCUACUCCCUGUAUAAGGAGUCGCAGGGCACCGACGAGUACAACAGCUACGCUAAUGGCCAGAACUCCUACCAAGAGCGAAACGCUCGAAAGGAGCAUGCGGAUAGUCGUCCAUCCCGAACUAAAAAUGAUAAGCCAGCAAGUAUUUCAAGACCGAAAAGUGUCGACUUUAGUAGAUACGCUUCCUCGACAUGGAAAGGUUUUUCGGUAGUCCCGGACAGUUCUAAAUCAUCAAAAUCGGUGACGUUCACAUCGCAAGAAAAUGAGGCGGAAGAUAAGAUAGACCCCAGCGGAAUGUUGAUCGAACCACGGCAUUUAUCUGAGAAAGAAGGUGAAAAGAACAGAACUGCAAGAUCCAUCAGCGGCAAGGUUCCAUGGAAAUCACGUCGGACAGCCACGUCUGGCUCUGGAGACGACCUAGAUCUGUGGCUAGCAUUCUUGUUAGAAACGGGUUUGCUACAGGCUAGCAGUAUAACUCGUAAUUUGUCUGACGUCGGUUCCCGGUACGAACCACGACUCGUAGAUGACCCUGAAUCAAUCAUAAGGCAGCUAGCAGACUAUUUGCAAGUUCCUUGCGAAACAUACACUACUAAUAUCAGAGAUGAAUACGAAGACAUACACCGCAAAUCACCCGGACUUUUUUGGGACACGGUGACAACAGACAAUCCAAAUGAAGCUUUUAUCAAGGUGAAAGGUAUAAUUCACAAUAUUUUCAAUUCUCAACCCAAUCUCAAGCCAAUGUUUGAUAUUGACUUUGCAAACAUGCAAGACUACCCCACAGUUGAGAAGAAAUUAGACAGGAUUUGUAAGGAAAUAGCCCCUCAGAGACUGUUCUAUUAAAAUAUAUGCAUUACAAAAAAUUCAGAAUGUUUUUAUUUGUAAUAGAUAGGUACAAUUAAGUAAAUUAGUACAUAAGUAUCAUACAUUCAGUGACCAAAAAGUUAAGUCUGAACUGGAUUCUUAAUUGGUUGCUUGUCUUAACACUUUACAUUACUAAAUGUCUCACACCGAGAUCAUUUGAACACCAUGGUGUCGAGCAUUGCACCAAGAGAUUGGACUAUGUUGUUUGACAUGAGAACAUCUACUUUUUCUUCUAAAUGCCUCUUGGGGUCUUGCUUGCCAACGUUUUUGAUGGCUAACUGUUCAGGAGUCAUUUUCUCUUCAUCUUCUAAGGCUUUGUUGUAGUUUUUAGCCAGGUCAAGCAUGUCUGUGACUGUAGUCUCGUUGAUUGAACAGUGUUCUUUGUAGUCUGAGAGAGUAAGGCCAUCCAUCCAGGAUUUUUUGUGUAGAUUCAAUAACAUUUUCUGCUCCAGUUCGUUCUUCCUGUAGUUUAUACUGAUUGAGUAGUAGUGGCGGUUUAGGCCGUGGAUGAGAGCUUGAACGGAAGGCUUUUGUAAAUGACCCAAGUUUGAAGUGGUCUGCCUCGGUUCCUGCCCAAGGACCAUCAUGUUGGGAUUGAUGAGACGGAAUGCAUCAAUGACGACUUUUCCUUUCACUGACUGAAUAGGGUCAACUACCACAGCCACAGCU